AUGGGAGAAAAUCCACAGUACACACAAUCUUGGCCUUAUCCAUAUGAUCCAAGCCAACAACAAUAUUUGGCGCCUCCAGGAACACAAACAGCAGAUUAUCCUAAUUACUACACUGCAGCUGCAACUGUUUCUCAACCCUUUGUUCAGUAUCAACCUCAAUAUCAGUAUUCUAGCACUCCCGUUAACGCUUAUACAAACACAGUUAACGCUUCUACUGUGUUUGGUCCUCCAGGAGUGACACCACAACCUUCCCCUUCAACUUUUCAACCAAAUCCACCAGGUGUUAAUGCAAACACUUUGUGGUACUCUUCGACGACGAUGUCUACUCCUGCGACUUAUCAAACUAACAUUUAUUCUACAGCUUCAUAUGAUCCUAAUCAAUACUAUCAAGCGCAGUACUUAAAUUAUCAGGUUCAAACAGCUCCGAACUCGAUUUCUUACCCUACUUUCUCACCAGUUUCUGUACCUCCCGUCGCGACUAAUUCAGUAGCAUCCUUUAAUCCUCAACCACCUACUUCUGCUCCUGCUAUUAUUACCACCACAAGCAAUGCUAUCAUUAAUAGUGUUAGUCAGAGCGAAAAGCCGAUCGCAAACGAUGUUCAGCAGAAUGCUUCUGGAAACUCGAACGUAAAUUCUGGAGCUGAAGAUCCUAAAUCAAAGCCAUUAUACCGUCCAAUAAAAAUGGUACGAGGAAAUAUGAAAUCUUCUCCUAAGAUUAAUCCGUUAAGUCCGAAAUCAGAGUCUUCAAUUCAAAAUCCACCAGAGAAACAGCCGGAAAAUAGGGAAUGGCCAGAGAGUUUGAAGGAUUAUGUCCAGCGAAGUUUCAACGCGGCUCCACAUAAUAUUGAUGCAAUUGAGAAUGAAUUAAAAAAGAUAAUUGCGACUAAACUGGCAGAAGGCGCAUUAUAUCAAACUGAUUGGACGGAAGUGGAAUUACCGAAAAGUUGCAGCGUAAUUAAAGAAAAGGAUAAUAAGCGAAAAAUCUUUAAAUCACAUAGUCGUUCUCCAGAUAGAAAUUCAAUUGAAAACGAUCGUGAAUUCCAGAAAAGGGAAAAACGCGCCAAGCGUUUUCAAACCGACAAAAAUACUAAAUCAUGGGGAUCUCCUUCCGCAGAAAAUGAUCCUGUGAUUAACGAUUUGGAGAAUACGAUUGUUGGAACCUGUCAGAAUCUUGAAAAAUCAUAUUUGAGAUUGACUUCCGCUCCUGAUCCAUCGACUGUUAGACCUAAGCGUAUAUUGAAGAAAACACUCGAAUUUUUAAAAGAAAGAUGGGUCAGAGAACAAAAUUAUACUUAUAUAUGUGAUCAGUUCAAAUCUUUACGACAGGACUUAACGGUUCAACGUAUACAAGAUGAGUUUACCGUAAGAGUUUAUGAGACACAUGCUCGCAUAGCGCUUGAGAAGGGCGAUUUGGGUGAGUAUAAUCAAUGUCAAACACAACUAAAGGAACUUUACAGGUUAAAUAUUCCAGGUCACGUAAUGGAAUUUAUGGCAUAUCGACUUCUGUACUUCCUAUAUACGAGAAAUCGUUCCGAUAUAAAUUCAUUGAUCGCAGAAUUAACAGAUGAAAUGAAGAGAGAUGAAUCAAUAAAACAUGCAUUAGAGGUUAGAUCCACUCUGGCUACUGCAAAUUACCAUAAGUUCUUUGAGUUGUUCCUUAAAGCGCCUAAUAUGGGAGCUUAUCUCAUGGAUCAUUUUAUUGAAAGAGAAAGAAUAGCCGCUUUAACAGUAUUGUGCAAAGCUUUCCGGCCUAAUCUUGACCUUGAGUUUGUACGUUCCGAAUUAGCUUUUAAUGAUCUCGAAGAAUGUAAAGAAUUUCUUAAUACACAUAAUGCUGCUCCUUUCAUAAAUCCAAAUAACACUUUAAACACUAAGGACGCUUACAGAUCAAUUGAAGCGAGUGGCAAAAAAUUUGAGAAAGUUGAUAUCAAAGGACAAAUUUGA